GAAACCAAACCAAACGACAUUUAAAGGAACAGUUUUCCCGUCUUCUAUUUUUAUCAUUCCAUUCGAUCACCAACACUAUUUCCAAAUCAAUUUCUUUUUUCUUUUUACUUUUUUUUAGCUCCCAUCCACUGAACCAGCAGGCUCAAGCGAUACAAAAGCCAACUAUGUUUAUGAACAUGUAUCCGGCAACAUCAGCUGUCCCUGCGGCGACCACCUGGUCGAUCCACACCUUGCGCGUGCCGUCCAACACAAACUCAUCGUCAUCGUCAUCACCCGCCACGCGCAACCGCCACCAAGCGUCACUCGACGGGCACACCCUCCUCUUCGAAAAGGAGCGGUCCAUCGACCAAGAGCAUCAGAAUGCCAUUCAAGCGUACGAUCUCUUAGACUCCAUCCGCGGGCGCCAAAACCAGCUUGGCCGCUACCUACAAGAAUUCAGCACAUUCAAGAGCAACCCAUUGGGCAGCGCUAUGUGCAACAACCUGGAGGACAAAAUUCACCAAAUGGCACUGCUCAUCAGCAGACAGCAGGUGGAGCUCAAGCGGAUUAUCGACAAGUAUGACCAGAGCCUGGUUCGUUCAGAGUCGACCACCUCUCGGGUAUCUUCACUCGAGGAGUGGGAAGAGGAGAUGCAGACAAAGAAGUUUACGUCGCUGCCGGGCUGCGCCGAGCUCCAGAACCAGGAGGCGCCGGUGACUAACUGGUUGAGCACCAGUCGCAUGUCUACUCUUAAGGAGGUUAUUGAGUUUUCAGCCAAUGACUUAAAGCGCAUUGAGGCCUCAUCGCUGUUUACAAAGUACCCGCCGCCACCGCCGCCUCGCAAGCGCACGCCCUCGAUGUCGUCUCUCUCUUCCUACAAUUCGUCCUCAUACUCUGGAUUCUUGUAAACCCUCUCAUCAACCAUAAUCCUGGUCAUCAUCGUCUGUACUCCGUAUAAAACCACCAUCAUAUUCCUCCCUCUCCCUUCUCACUCUAUUAUCCCCCCUUCCCAUUCGUAUUCCCACUACAACCAAAAAACUGCGACGACUUUUAGUGGCCGCCAAUAAAAAAAUAGGCAUUUUGCUUUAGUUUUUUAUUUAAUUUUUCUUUCAAGCGAGCAUGGACUGUCGCUGCACAUGUAUUUUAACAAAAUUUAUUUCAUUCAUCCAUCCACUUCACAAAUUAAUUAAUUAAAAAUAAUUUUCUGCUCUAUCACU